AUGGCCCUCUCUGUGAACGCGGUGCACCAGUUCCUCCUUGGCGUCUGCGGCGUCCUCUCGACGAUCGCGGCGAUUUACGCGCUCGCGGACGACACGUACCUCUCGACGCCGGCGCGCUUGGACGUCGCCAACGUCUUUCUCCGGCUCUACCAGCUCUUCUUUGCGCUCGUGCUGCUCUCGACGGCCGCGCUCGGCUGGAAGCUGCCGCUCAAGUGGUUCAGCCUCCUCGAGAGCUUCAUCGGGUCCGGUCUCUACGUCAUCUUCCUCGGCUUCUACACGUACCGCAUGCUCAACGACUAUGGCAUGUACACGGCCUGGUUCCACUUCAUCAUUGGCGCCGUCUUUAUCGUCUACGGCCUCUUUGUCAAGAACGACCGCGCCGAGUACACGCCCAUUUUGCCCCAGUAA